GUAAGUAUGUAUGUACUUCAGUUUUUGCAGUGCAUUUUUAUUGUUUCCUUAUAAGUGUAAAAGUUUUUGCUAACUGAUGAUAUAAUCAAUUAACGAAGGCAUUUUUAGUAUUGGAUUAUAUUUUAUACGGUAGUUUUGCGGAAAGAUCGAACACUUUAUUUGACACUCUGAUCAGUAGAAUCUUUUAUACUCACUUACAUGUGUAUGUAUGUAUGUGGAUCAGUUUAUUUAGCUUAGUUUUUAUAGAAAGAAGUACUGGCAUUGUGCCGCUUUAUAUUCGUAUUGUCUUUGCGCCGCGUAUCAGCUGAGCGAUGCCGAAUGUAUAGUAAUCACUUAUUUAAUCAGCAAAAUUCUGAUUUUAAUUGCUUUGAUAGCUGUGAUAAAGUAUGGUUAAUUUACGCCUUGGCACUGCGCGAGAUCUGACAUGAUUGCGCACAUUAGUUGAGCGAAGCGUGUUAUUGCUGCUGCAGGUGUGAGCAUAGUUCGAUGUUAUUUAUUUUUAUUUAGUUGCUGACAAACAUUUGGCGGUCACUCUACGCCCUUAAGAUGCAAGCGUGGUUACGUAUUUCAUUGUUGUUAUGGGUGUUUGGAUUUUUUCGUGAGUUUCGCCCAUCAGAACCGUUUGUUACCGAAUACUUGAGCGGUCCGUGGCAUAAUAUUACUGCCGAGCAGGUUAAUAAAGAGAUUUAUCCAUUUGGUACUUACGCUGUGCUGGCACAACUAGCUAUUUUUUUCCUAAUAACGGACAUACUUCGAUACAAACCGAUCAUUAUCGUAUCCGCGUGCUCAGGUAUAAUACUCUUCGCAAUUCUCUUGUGGACAGAUAAAAUAUGGGAGCUACAAGUGGGUCAAGUAUUUUACGGCACUUUUAUGGCCACCGAGGUUGCGUAUUACACAUAUAUUUAUGCCAAAGUGGAUAAAGAGCGAUAUCAAAUUGUUACCGGCCAUACGCGUUCGGCGAUUUUAUGUGGAAAAUUUUUAGCUGGAGUAUUAGCGCAAAUUUUGGUUUCUGCAGAAAUUAUGGACUACAAAGGCUUACAUUAUUUCUCAUUCGGUUCGCAAAUUGUUUCGCUUUUAAUUGCUUUACUUUUGCCACCAGUACAUAGAAGUUUGUAUUUCUACACAAGCCCAAGUACUGAACUUACAGACGUUAGAACAAAACACAAUUCGGUUACACAUGCUAUACAAACAGAAGUUUUACCAAAAAAUGGCAUAGCUGCUGAUAUCACAUCUACUUCCAGCGAUAUAACUACUGUAUCGCCGAAGUUUUCAUGGUUCAAUGCGUAUGAAUUAAUUGCGAAUCACAUAGUGAGUGCAUAUACUAAUCGAACCGUGAUUCGUUGGAGUUUUUGGUGGGCUUUGGCCACAUGUGGACAAGUGCAGGUGAUUUCUUAUGUGCAAUUUCUGUGGAAAGAAAUAGAUCCAAGUCACGAGAGUUUCUACAAUGGCGCGGUCGAAGCAAUUGUAACUCUUUUGGGUGCUGGCAGCGCUAUGUUGGCUGGAAUCGCUAAUACUAGCCAUCAUAAAAAGUGGCAUAUGUGGAUAUUGACUGUCUGUUCGCUAUUUAUGGGGGCUUUUACUAUCAUUUCGUCGCUAACAAAUUAUGUUUGGGUUGCAUAUGUUAUGUAUAUACUUUUUGGUAUUUCAUAUUUCUUCGUUAUAACUACUGCUAGUGCGAUUGUGGCAGAGAAUUUGUCUGACGAUAGUUUUGGCUUGAUUUUUGGUAUUAACGCACUAGCUGCUCUUGUGUUGCAGACAAUUCUCACACUAGUAGUGGUGACUGAUACGGGUUAUGGCCUAGGCCCACGUGAGCAAUUUUUUAUUUACGGCUGUUACUUCAUUGCAAUUGCAAUUAUGUACUUUAGUGCUGUAUUCUUGCGAUUGUUGCUUAAGAAAUUACGGCGUUAUUAAUACUUCUUGUGUGUAAUAUAUUUAGAUCGAAUAUUUAUAAUAUAUGAUCAUUAAGAGUAUGUGAAAUGUUUUUUAGCUUUAGGUAAUAUACAUAAGUAUUUUCUUUGUCAUAAAAAUUUAUAUGAAAAACAUUUUA